CUUCUUCAUGUUCCUGAUAAUCUACGCCGAACUGGACCUCUAUGGUGCUAUUGGAACUUUCCAACGGAGCGCUUCUGUGGUGUUAUAGUCCAAUCCAUUCAGAGUCGCAAGUACCCUUUCACCAGCAUGGCUCACCGUCUUCGUGAUGUAGCGCAACUCAGCCAGAUCAAGUUGAUGUAUGGCUUAGCUGAUGAGCUG